GUUUGUUGCCUCAGUUUAAACAGCCGAGUGGGUGGGUGAGGGGGCAGCGUCUGUAGAUUACCUUCAUGACACAUUAAUACGUGUAUAGUUCCAGGCACUAUGGCAGAGCCUACUUUGGAGCCCAUUGUGAAACGCAUAAGGCACUUGAGCUCUUUGGUGAGCACUUCAGGACUGGAUGUGGAUGAAGGCUCAGGCAUAUCAAACCGACAACUUUUUGGGCAAGAGGGGCUGCUAGAUGCUCUUCUGGUACUGUAUGAUGAGUGCAAUAAUGACCAACUCAAGAAAGAAAAGAAUAUUGCUGAUUUUGUUGAUAAAUAUCGCAGUACUGUUCAUGAUCUGCGGAAGGUACGAGUAAACUUGAAUGAUUUUGAGCAGAAGAAAGUCAUAGGAAAAGGCCACUUUGGAGUUGUACAAGUUGUCAGAGAGAAAGCCACUGGAAAUGUUUUUGCACUUAAGAGUCUUCGGAAAUCAGACACAUUAUCAUUACAACAUAUUGCAUUUUAUGAGGAGGAGAGGGACAUCAUGGCAAAAGCGACCUCUCCAUGGAUCACACAGCUUCAGUAUGCAUUUCAGGAUACCCAACAACUUUACUUGGUGAUGGAGUUUCAUCCAGGGGGUGACCUCUUAUCUCUCCUGGAUCGCUAUGAUGGGUGUUUUCCUGAAGAUAUGACCUGCUUCUACCUGGCUGAAAUUAUAUUAGCUGUUCAUGCUUUACACUCCAUGGGUUAUGUUCAUAGGGACUUAAAGCCUGACAACAUUCUUAUUGAUCGAUGUGGACACAUAAAGCUGGCAGAUUUUGGUUCAGCUGCAAAACUCACUACAAGUGGACUUGUGCGAAGCAAAAUGCCUGUAGGAACACCAGACUACAUUGCUCCAGAGGUUCUCCAGUCGUUAAAUGAAAAGGCUGGUAGUAUUUCCUACGGUAUUGAGUGUGAUAUGUGGUCCUUGGGGAUAAUGGCAUAUGAGAUGUGUUAUGGUACUAUGCCAUUUAAAGGGGAUAAACUUGUGACUACCUACAGCAACAUCAUGAACCAUAAGAAAAUGCUCAAGUUUGAGGAUGAUCCUGAGAAUCCAACGAGCGACUCGGCUAAGGAUUUAAUACGCGGCUUAUUGGAGGACUCGAGCCACCGCCUUAACCACUCUGCUCUACUUCAGCACAAGUUCUUCCUUCACGUCAAUUGGAAUGACCUCAGAAAUUCUCCUCCACCAUUUGUCCCCAUUGUGAAUGGAGUGGAUGAUACCAGCAAUUUUGAGGAGUUUGAAAAUGAGAAGAGAGUACCUAGUGUAAAUGACUUUCGUGUGCAGCAGGGAUUUACAGGCAAAAACCUUUCAUUUAUAGGUUUCACGUAUAACAGGAAACGGCGAAAUGGAGAUGGGUCUUCCGCCCGAAAUAAUGCAGCAGCAUUGAAUAUUUCGGUAUUGGAUGAAUCCAUCAGAGAACCAUCUCAUCUUGAAGCACAACUUAAGGCCCAGAAGAAAGAGAACCAUGAACUCAAAUUGCAGCUCGAGGGAAUGAAAGAUGGGGAAUUUGGGCGGCUGAUGAAGAGCAGAGACUGCAAGCUAAAGGAGGCUGAGUGCCGUGUAGAGUAUUUGGAGAAGGAAAGGCAGCGUUUAGAAGAAGAAAGCUUAAAGAGGGAGAGAGAUGCUACUACAUAUAAAAGAGUCUUGGCUUUAGAAAGGGCAGAUCGAGCCCAAACUGAAAGCAAGACCAUUGAGAUGAUACGAAGCAUGAAAAACAAGUGGAAAAACUCAGAAGCAGAAAAGUUGCAAGCCCUAGAUAAUAAAAUAAGUGCAUAUGAGGAAGAGAUAAAGUGGCUACAGUCACAGCACCAGGAGGUUGGUAAAGCACUCCUGGAUAGAGAGAAGGAAUUCAAAGGAACAGUUGCUGAGAACAUGAAGCUGAAGAGAAUGCUUCAGGAAAAGACAAAGCAGGAAGUACUCAACCAGAAGGAAAAAGAAGCAGUUAAGUGUGUUGGAGACUGUGAAUCAGCCGUUGAGUCAAAGAAGAAGUUAGAAGAAGUGCUGUCAAAACUGGAGACGCAAGAAGAAGAGAUUACUAAUAGAAGAGCGGAGUUAGAGAAGGAAAAACGGCAAACAAAUAAAUUUGAGAGAAUAAUCAAUGAAAAGGAGCAUAUUGAGGAGGAGAGAAAGAUUGUAGAAGAACAGUUGCAAGAGCUGCAAGGGAAAUUCACUAAAGUUGAAGAAGACCUUGCAGAAUCAAGAAGGCAUUUCCAGCAUGCUAAGGAAUUGGAAAGACUUGAGAGGCAGAAGCGUAUUGAUAAUCUCGAGUGCCAACUAAAUAAGGAGAAAAAGGAGUGUUCUCGUCUGCGACACCAGCUGCAGGAAGUCUCGGGCCAGUUGAAUGAGUCGAUGAUAAGUCUGGAAAGUGUGACCUCCACCCAUAGUCUGAAGGAAGAAGAACAAGAGGCAAAAAUCAAAGAAUUAGAGGGUGAGCUGAGGAGGAUAGCAUCUGACAAAGUCAAUCUCCAGAGUCAAUUGAUGCAGGUCAAAGCAAGAGAAGGAGAACACAAGUCAAAGAUUGCUGAGUUGGAAUUACUUCUAUCCAAACUUGAUGAAACUGUGCACAGCCUAGAGAGUAAAAAAUCAUCUACUGAGGCCUUUGAAGAGACUUACCAGGCAAAAUUGCAGUUGUUGGAGACACAACUUGACUCUGCUCGUGCGGCUCACUCUCAGGACAAGGAAAAAUUAAAGAAGUUAUCAGAUGAAUUAACAGAGGUAAAACAGGAAAUUUCAGACAGCAAACUUGAUGUGCGUGUUUCUCAGAGGGAGGUCAAAUCGGCCCAAGACACCAUUUCAUACCUUCGUGAAAAGACUAGAGAACAGCGUGGCCAGCUGGACGAAAAAGAGGCUGAUAUUCAGAAAGCAACGGAAGCAGCAAAUGACUUACGAAAGACAAUUGAUCAACUCGAGAAUGAGCUUAAAGCCAAGGAAGAAGAGUUAGACAGACAAAGGAUUGAACAUGAGCAUUUCGUUUCAAACUUGGAGGAGAAAAUUAAAAAUCUGGAGGAGGUCAAGAAAUCUUCAGAGCAGUAUCAGAAGAAGUUGCGUGAAGCUAACCAACAAAGUGAUAGUCUUAAGUUGGAGAAGAGAGGCUUAGAGUCUCAGAUCCAGAUGUUUGAGGUAACCAAGGAGGAAGUCAAACAAGAGAAGGUGGCCAUGCAAGAGAAAGUCAAUGAUCUAUUGGAAAAAUUAAAGCAUGCAGAGUUGGUAAUAUCACAACUGAAGCAGGUGUGUACUGAUCAAGAUGAAGAGCUUUCUAUCAUGGAAUCCCAGUCUGAACAAAUCGCUCACCAUGAACAGGAAAUGGCCAGACUACAGCAAGAGAUUGAGAAACUUGAGGGUGAUGUAAAAGCAGCCAAAGCAGCUACUAAUGAAGAAAAAUCACUGAAACUGUUCCAAGAGAGUAAGGUCAAGGAAUUAGAGAGUCGACUGAAUGGAGUGGAUGAGGAAACGGAUAAACAAAUUGCCUAUCUUAACAAUCAGUUGCAAGAGUCUGGGAAGAUCAAUCUAGAACUUCAUGAGCAGAUUGAGAACCAAGACAAGGAAUUAAAUGAGGCAAUGAUAUUACUACGAAGUUUGGAGCGCAAGUAUUCUGAAUUGCAAGGUCAGUAUGAUCUUGCAAAGGAAGAAUCUGCUGGCCAUAUCCAACAUAUUCACACUCUUAAGGACUCAAACUUCAAACUGACUGAAGGGCUAGAAGAAGCAAUAUCUAAAGGAGAACUAUAUAAGAAAAGGAUUGAAGAAGUGGAGCAGACACUGAUGGAUCAGCAAGCUUUGCUCGAUGAUAAUAAAGUGAAAACAAAAGGCACAAUUGAUCAACAGACUAAGCUUAUCGACUUCCUGCAAGCAAAGAUAGACCCUAAAAAGAAGAAGAACCUGAAAGGAAAGUUAUUUGGUGGUAAAGAGAACAAGGAGAACACAAGCUUUUCUAUGCCUCAUCAGUACAGGGAACUAGAAGACCUCCUGGUUCGGGAACGGAUGACAAAUAAACAACUUGAAGAACAUCUGGGCAAGGCUCGUGCAGAAAUUGUUGCAUUGAGAGCUAAUAGUGGAACUUUAGACAACAGGAGUAAUAUGGGUACUCCUAGAACUGCACGCACACCUCUAGUGCCACGCAAACCUAUGCCAUCUCAUACACCGCUACUACCUGCAACACCACAGAAUAAGAAGGCUUUUCAUAACAUUGGUGAAUCACCUGUUGUCCCACGAAGUGCAUCAAAAACACGUAUGAGGCAUAAUAUUCCUCAUAGGUGGCAGUCAGGAUUACAGAUGCGUGCAGCAAGAUGUGCUGGAUGUCUGGACAGCAUUCCAUUUGCCCGCAAUGGUGCCAGAUGUCAUGAGUGUGGUAUUAUUGCUCAUAAUAAAUGUUCACAGGAGUUGCCGUCUACCUGUGGGCUUCCAGUUCAGUUUGCAGAACACUACUCAAGGGGCUGGACUUCAGACUCGCCUUUAAAAAUGCGUGGAUCCCAAUCUGACUCAGAUAUUUUGAUUCAGGGCUGGUUAAAGAUGCCCAGGUCAGGAAAGGCAUGUUGGGAGAGCUGCUUUGUUCGUCUUGAAGAGGAGGAAAUUAUGGUGUUUGACCAUGAGCCAAGUAAUGGUAUGCAACCUCAAUCAAGAACCAAACUCUCUCGACCUGGCUGUUUGACAGCAAUAAUGUCAGCAGUUCCAAGAUCAGAGUUACCUAAUACUAGCAACGUGGAUCUUCCAUAUGUUCUUAAAAUUGAAAUUCGUGCAAAGAAUAUGAAUGAGAAUUCAGAUACACUCUACCUCAUGACUACAAAUUUUGAGGAAAAACAGUCUUGGGUAUCUGCUCUUGAAGGAGUUGUAGCUCAAUUACCAAAGGAGGAUGGAAAUAACAUUAACCAGACAGACUACAUCCAGGUAGAUACUCUGCUAUCAAUGGACAACCCUAAUCCUCUUGAUGUCAACACAUUGGUUUAUCUUAACAAGACGACAGCAAUGAUAGGGGCAGCAGAAGGGCUCUAUUCAUUUGAAGUAGAUAAAAAUGGAAUCCUGAAAUCCCGAGCACGUAUUGAGGGACUGACUGCUGUUCAUCAAAUCCUGCUGGUAGAGGGAGCUCAUGUUGCACUCUUUAUUGCUGGAACGGAUAAUUUGGUGUUUAUGAAUGACUUAAGGUCACUGACAGUUAUAAGUGAAGCUAUGCAACUGACAAAACCAAACCUUAGUCCUGCUCGUGUGGAACCCCUACAGGGUUGUCAUCUCCUUGCUUCUGGGUCUACAAAAGCAGAAGAAAUAUUUGUGUGUGCUGCUGCUACGGAUCGAAUAAGUAUCCUUCUUUGGAACACCUUGGAAGAGAAGUUUACAGUGUGUCGGCAGUACAGGACCCAGGAGCCGUGCAGUUGCUUACAUUUCACUCAAGCUUCUCUUAUUGUUGGUGCUGAGAAGUUCUAUGAAAUUGACUUGAAGACAUUUGAUAUUGAAGAAUUCCUUGAUGAAUCAGACACCUCACUGGCUUAUGCUAUAUAUGGAUCAGCUCAAAUGUCUUCAUUUCCAGUGGCUAUAAUGCAGAUUUCCAAACCAAAGAAGUAUGAGGAAUACUUGCUGUGUUUCCAUGAGUUUGCAGUGUUUGUUGAUGCAUGUGGACAGAGAUCCAGGGAGCAUGACAUAAAGUUCACUCGAUUACCAAUUGCUAUUGUUUUCAGGAACCCAUGCUUGUAUAUCAUACAUCAGAAUGCUGUGGAAGUGAUUGAAAUACGUCCUGAUUGCUUCACCAAAGUUUCGGCUGAGGCUGAUUCAGACAGUGAUUCAAGUCCACCUGUCAGAAUAUCUUCUAAAAAUAUGGCAAGACCUUCUUACUUGGGUCCAGCUUUAACUCCAGACAGUAUUCUUGUUGCCUCAAGAGGUUCUGAAAAGCUGGAGGUUGUUCAGAUCUCUGCAAAUUUCCCAGAAGACAUGGACCUGAACUCAACAUGGGGCACUCUACCCUCCUUUUCUGUUAAAAGGAAUGACACAGACAAUCUGUCCAUGAACAGCAUUACUAGUGGAUCAAGUUCAGAAAACGAGUUGACCCGCUACAACAAACGUGUUCAGUUCAGUCAGACACAAGUUCCUUGUAAACGCUCAAAGUCUGGAACCUGAAUCACUUUUAAACAGCUCUUGAUGUUUUAUUUCUUUUUUUCACUGUUAAUUUUUUAACCAUGCUAUAAUCUAUAAUCAGGAAAAAUCAUAUGUAACUGUUUUGAAUCUUUCUUUUCACUGUUAAUUUCCAAAGUAGUAUAUAUCAUAUUUUAUGGCAUACAGUAUAAGUCACUUUUUUUGUCUGAAAAAUUGCAAAAAAGUCACCCUGCAUCCUAUGUGUAAAGUAGCUGUCUCCCGCAGGCUAAUGAUUCCCCCAGAUGCUGUCACCCAUAGGCUAAUGAUUUCCCCAGUUGCUGUCUCCCAUAGGCUAAUGAAUCCCCCAGUUGCUGUCUCCCGUAGGCUAAUGAAUCCCCCAGUUGCUGUCUACAUUAGGCCAAAUUCUACCUAGCCCAAAUCCAGAAUUAAAAAUAUGUUAUUGCUUACUUAAACACAUAAUUAUUAAUUACAGUAACUAAAAAAAGUGAAUAAUUGUAAAUAUAAAAGCUGGAUUUUUAACUACUGUACUGGACUGAUGAUAACCUAAGAAGGUUGGCAUCCGUAUGGCAGGCACCUAAUUCUUCAGAGAUAUGCAUUACUGUCUGUUAAUGUCAUACCUGCAACAUUUAUCUUUAAAUCUACAAAUACUUGUUACAAACAAAGAUUUAUAGAUAACUUUCUUAUCACAUUUGCAUCUGUUAACAUUACUGGCAACAUUGUAGACAAGUUAGACUAGUCACUGCAAGCACCAGGCCAAGCUGUGAGGUGUUGUGGUUGUUUCUCAACUUGUAUUUAACUCAAUUUACAUGCACACAACAUCCUGUAUACAUAUUGUGCAAAAAAAGUCCAUAGCAGAAAUAAUUGUCAAAGGUCAAACAUGUAAAAGGAAUAUUAAUAUCUUAACAUGUGAGUUAGCUGGCUCAGUGGGUGAGCAGGAGGAAGGUGCAGUGUGGGGGGUUGCUAGGGAGUUGGCAGAGGUAUUGUCCCUGCUGGUCUGCAUUGCUAUGGCAAAGCAGGGAGUGAUGCAAAUGAUGAUUGUGUAAAACUUCCAUUUGACUUUUAUUUAAUGGUUUUAGCUGCAUCAUUUUGAUGUAUAUUGUAUACAAAUGGUUUGAAGUAACACAAUUGUUAAAUAACAUAAGCAAGGUAGGUAGUAUGGCUUAUGAGUGCUGGGAAAGGUGGUGUUGAGAGAGUGCUUCAGCCUUUUGACUUACCAUGUAGGCAGUAGCUUUAUAUGUGAUGAUAAUAUUCCUUUUUUUAUCCGUAUUUUAUAUUAAUUUUUUAUUUGUAAUAAUAACACGACUCAUCACUAUAGUCACACCCCAUACCACUCAGGCCAAACUGUAAGUUAUAUUAUAGCUGUUAUUCAACUCCUAAUUUUGGGUAGAUACUUUUAUUUUAUUAUUACUAUUACAUGCACAUCAAGAACAUAAAAGGAAAUAAACUUUCUGUGUCGAGGAGGGGGAGGGGGUGAGAGAUCUCCGCUAUUCUGAACUGUCUCCCAUAUGUAACGAAACAAUUGACAAAUUUCAUUGUCCAGUAGCAAAAUUUCAAAACUACAGUACAGUAUUUUUCGUUUUACUUUUAUAUAUUCCUCACAUUUACUGGUACUGUAGUGUAUAUAUUAAUGAAAGAGAACUAUGACUACAGCAGGGAAAUACACAAGUUUUUUCAAAAAUAUAGUACAGUAUUCCUUGCUGAAAUGGGGUUGCAUCUUAUGUGCCAUAAAGUAUAGUAAUAAGGAAAUGACUGUAUAAUAAUAAUAUGUUCUAAUGUACAGUAUCAUAAAAUGUUUAUAAUGC